CCUCUCCCCCCCGAACCCUUCCCCGACGUGCGCCCCUUGACCAACUACUUACAUGCCGCCUUGAACCAAGUGUGUAUCUCACCGGUGAAGCCUUCUUAUCGCAGGGCUAGGCUUGCCUGCGCAACCAUCGACUCAUCGCUUGUCCAAAUAACCAAUGGAGAAGCGCGUCCGCACCAGUCAUGUACGUCCAUGCUCAGUCAUCUUCAAUGUGCAUUGCCCACACGCCAUACAGCACCAUUCCAUCAAGCCAGGAGGCGGCAUCAGUCGCCCCGUAUCGUCCUUAUAUCGCAUGUCAAUUGCAUACUGAACGCCGCGCCGUCCUCAUGAAUAGACCACUGUACAAUUUAUACGGGGUGCAUUGUCAACUCAACGCGUUCCAAUUUGUCUCACAAGCCGACAAUAUAUGAAUGCACAUCUCCAAUCCGAGUAAACGUUGUCCUCGGUGCAUUUCUGAUAUUACACCAUCUGGCAGCUGGCGAUAUGAAGGUAUUCUGCCGCCUCCUGUGACUACAUUGCUGCCUUCCGCGACAGGUUUAUGUACCAAUCGCAUAGCCCGCGGUCUCAUUCGCGUUCAUUCGACUACACGUG